GCUUGACUGACUCCGUGAGAACGUGUGUAGGGGCAAGGGACCUAAAAAUGAAAAAUAUUUGUAGUAACGAAAUUACGAAUUAAAUCUUAGAUUUUACACAGGCAGAUAACCAGUUGCACAGAAUUAUUCAAGGAUAUUUGACAUACAUUGAAGAAAUAUGAUAACCAGUAAUGAUGACAUGGAUCAACUUGUAAAACCUGUUGCUGAAAAAAGUAUAGAGGAGUUGAGAUCCAUCUUCAAGCCAUUUGAUAUAUUACACAACCCUGAGGUAUUCAAAUUGCAGUACCCAGAAGGAAUUUUUCGCAAAGCAAGUGUUUUAAUGCCGUUAUGUUUUAAAAAUGGAGAAUAUCAUAUAAUUCUUACAUUACGAUCUAAAGACCUCACACAUCAUGCAGGAUAUGUUGCUUUCCCAGGUGGUAUGCAAGAUGACACUGAUAAAGAUGAAAUAGCUACUGCACUAAGAGAAGCAGAAGAAGAAAUUGGACUUGAUCCCAAAUGUGUUGAAAUUAUUGGAUUGUUUUCUCCCGGCCUUGUGAGACCUAACUCUAUAGUAUAUCCAGUUCUAGGCAUUGUUCCAAGUGAUUUUACACCUGUGAUUAAUGAAAAUGAAGUCUCGCUAGUGUUUGAGUUACCAUUACGUAGAUUUUUGUCGUCGGAGAGGAGAAGGAUUUCUGAUUUUCUGUCAUCUACCAAUGCUACAUAUCAUGUUUACCAUUUUAUAGACCAUGUGAAAGGGGAAGAAGUUGAUACAUGGGGAUUUACUGCCUCAUUUUGUUGCAUGACAGCACUGGGAGUUUACCAGAGUGAACACACUUUCUCUUUCUAUGAACACUUUAAUAUUAACAAGAACAAUAUUUUUGUACCUACUGCCACAGACCUUAUUGUGAAAGAAGUAUUAAAACAAACAUCCAAAUACUGAUCAGACUUUUUGACCCAGAUAUACUGGGUUGGUUACAUUGCUAAAAUAGGGAUGUCUAACAAGGGCAUUACUUCAGAUGUUGCCAUGACAACACCAGAUAGAAGUACCUUAAAAACAUUAUUCAAACCAUUUGACACCCGGUUCAACAAGGAAAAUUUUGACCUUCAUAUUCCAGAUAACAUGUGUUUUAUUUUUAGACGUGCCAGUGUUUUAAUACCCUUGUUUUAUAAAGAUGGUGAAAUCCAUGUACUUUUGACAGUGAGGACAAAACACUAAACAAGUCAUUCGGGAGAAGUUGCAUUUCCAGGAGGAAUGUCACAUCCUGGAGAUUUGGAUGUCAUAGCAACGGCUCUCCGUGAAACAGAGGAGGAAAUUGGUAUACAUCCUGAAAAUGUGGACAUUGUUGCUACAUUGCCACCUUACGUUAUUGAUCCAAAUUUCCUAGUAACACCAGUUGUUGGCAUCAUUUCUAGUGAUAUAAAACUUAAUGUCAAUCCACAAGAAGUGGAUACAGUAUUUGACUUGCCGCUUAAAAGGUUUCUAAGUGAAGACGGAAGAACUCAAAAAAUAUUUUCAUCUAAUGGGAUGGAUUUUAAUCUAUAUCAUUUUUAUGAAGCUGUGAAUGGUCAGACGGUAGACAUAUGGGGGUUUGCUUCAUUGAUUUCUAUACAAUCAGCCAUUGUGACUUAUCAGUCAAACUUAGAAAUAUGUUUUUACAAAGAUAUUAUUGUAACAAAGACAAACUGUUUUACAGUAGUGUCUACACAAGAAAUUGUUAAUAAGCUUAUUAGUCAAGCUAAGCUGUGAUAAAAUUUCUGUUAAUUUGUGUUGUUUAUUCAAGGAAAAAAUAAUUAAAUUAUAAAUUGUU